CGGCCGCUGUGGGCGCGGAGCUGCGAGGCGGAGCCGGGCGGCCGAGCCGGGAGCCCGCGAGCCGAGAGCGCGUCGGUCCAGCCGCCUGGCCGCGCCGCCCGCCGCCGAGCAGCCGCCCCGCGCGCCGCGCCUCGGGAACAAAGGCGCCUGCCCGCCGCCCGCGACGCCGCCAUGAAGCCGGGGCCGCCGCACCGCGCUGGGGCCGCCCACGGGGCCGGCGCCGGGGCUGGGGCCGCGGCCGGGCCCGGGGCCCGCGGGCUGCUCCUGCCACCGCUGCUGCUGCUGCUGCUGGCGGGGCACGCCGCGGGGGCCCAGCGCUGGCGCAGUGAGAACUUUGAGAGGCCUGUGGACCUGGAAGGCUCUGGGGACGAUGACUCCUUUCCUGAUGAUGAACUGGAUGACCUCUACUCGGGGUCGGGCUCGGGCUACUUCGAGCAGGAGUCGGGCAUUGAGACAGCCAUGCGCUUCAGCCCAGAUGUGGCCCUGGCGGUGUCCACCACACCUGCAGUGCUGCCCACCACGAGCAUCCAGCCCGUGGGCACACCAUUCGAAGAGCUCCCCUCUGAGCGCCCCACCCCGGAGCCAGCCACCAGUCCCCUAGUGGCGACAGAAGUCCCAGAAGAGCCCAGCCAGAGAGCCACCACCGUCUCCACCACCAUGGCUACCACUGCAGCCACAACCACAGGGGCCCUGACUGUGGCCACAGUGCCUGCCACAGUGGCCACCGCUGCCCCCAGCACCCCUGCAGCACCCCCUGUUACGGCCACCACUGCUGUUGUAAGGACCACCGGCGUACGGAGGCUUCUGCCUCUUCCACUGACCACAGCAGCCACGGCACGGGCCACUACCCCUGAGGCACCCUCUCCCCCCACCACGGUGGCUGUCUUGGACACCGAGGCACCAACACCCAGGCUGGUCAGCACAGCUACCUCCCGGCCAAGAGCCCUUCCCAGGCCAGCCACCACCCAGGAACCUGACAGCCCUGAGAGGAGCACCCUGCCCCUGGGGACCACUGCCCCUGGACCCACGGAGGUGGCUCAGACCCCAACUCCGGAGACUUUCCUGACCACAAUCCGGGAUGAGCCAGAGGUGCCGGUGAGUGGGGGGCCCAGUGGAGACUUUGAGCUACCAGAAGAAGAGACCACACAACCAGACACAGCCAAUGAGGUGGUAGCUGUGGGAGGGGCUGCGGCCAAGCCGUCACCCCCACCUGGGACACUGCCCAAGGGUGCCCGCCCGGGCCCUGGCCUCCUGGACAAUGCCAUCGACUCGGGCAGCUCCGCUGCUCAGCUGCCUCAGAAGAGUAUCCUGGAGCGGAAGGAGGUGCUCGUAGCUGUGAUUGUGGGCGGGGUGGUGGGUGCCCUCUUUGCCGCCUUCUUGGUCACGCUGCUCAUCUACCGCAUGAAGAAAAAGGAUGAGGGGAGCUACACGCUGGAAGAGCCCAAGCAGGCGAGCGUCACAUACCAGAAGCCUGACAAGCAGGAGGAGUUCUAUGCCUAGUGGAGCCACAGUGCCUCCCUGCAGCUGCAACACCGCCCUGCCGUCCAGUCCCCAGCCUGGCCCCACCAGUCCAAGCCUGGGACUGGGCCUGGAGCCUGGCCCCCGUUCUUCUCUGCCCUCCCUCCCGAGGCCUGCCCAGGCUGCCAGCCUCACACAGAUCUUCCCCGAGGAGCGGGGGCUGCCGCCAUCACUCCAGACUGUGCCCUUAUAAGCUCAACUCUUGUUCCCCUCAUCCCUGCCACCGGUCUGGGGCUUCAGGACCUCAUGUCAGAUGGAUGGGAGGAAGGAGGCUCCUGAUUGACUGGUGGAAGAAAGGGUGGGGCUCGAGGUGGGCCUGAGCCCCAGCUUGGCCCCCACAGGGCUCACUGAGAUCUCCUUUUUGGGGCAGAGAGGGACUCAGGCUGGUUUCCGGGACAAACAUUUGUUUGUCCCUGAAAUCGUCUAGACACUGCAGCCUCUUGCAUCUAUCCCACGGCCUCUCUCUGCCUGGGUGAGAGGGUGUCCCUUGUCACCAGCCUGUUUUGUCCCGUCUUUCUGGGGUUGUUGAGUCUCUCCUCUUGCCUGCCAAGUACACAUGCACCCCAGAUUUCAUUUCUUUCUGCAUCUUCCCCUAAGGAACAGCUUUCUGAGAGUGCCGGGGCAGCCGCUGGUGAGGAGAGGCUGCUCUGAUGCCUCUCCCAUGAGGUGACUCUGCACAGACACCAUUGCCCACACUGCCACACGUUAUUUUCAUGCAGUCACACACCAGACAAAAGCAUGCCGUGACAAAACCAGCCACAAUCCUGACUGCCCGGCCAAUCGAGACAUAUCACAGAACACACAAUCCUGACUGCCCAGCCAAUCAAGACACAUCACAGAACACACACAUCCCUGUUGUUAUCCUCUUGCGUCACUUACACACCCCCAGACACUAAGGACAAUGCACGUCACUAGUCAUGGUCCCGUGACAGUGACAGUGUGGCCUCCUCCUGCCCCCAGUACACCCACACUCUGGUACCACACACAUUGUCUCCUGCUUUCAGGCUCACUGGGGACGGUGGAAUUGAGCCAGAACAAUCAGCCCAUAUUGGGUCCCCUGGAGUUGUCCCACCACACUCAGUUCCAUGCCACGGUGCCCACACCAACCACGUGGCCACCAGCCCCAGCCGGUGUCAGACACAAACCCAUGUGGAUGCACAAUCUCACGCCACAUGACCUGCUCUCAGUGCUGGAGGGAAACAGGCCCUUGCCUUUCCUGGAAAAAGUGUGGGGCCACAGCCCUUUCAGGGCAUUGCAUGCAGGCGGGCCUGGCCCGACCCCUACCUGUUUCCUCCCCACGGCAGCUGGCAAAGGGGGAGGUUUGGGGCCAGCCCUGCCACUGGCUGGGAGCCUGGCGGCUCCUCUAAGGCUGAGGAAGGAAAUUUGACCCCUGGCUGUGAGGGGCUCUUGGGUCUCCCAGGAUGGAAGACCCAGGGCAGGGAGGGGGCAUGUGGAUAGGCUCCUUCAUUUCCCUGUGACCCCUUCCUGCUCUGAGCUAGGGGGCUGACUCUGCCUCCCAGGACACAAGUCUCCAAAGUGCCUGUGAGGGCGGGCCCUUCGCACCCUCUGCCCUCUGCCUGGCCAGGCCAGCCUCAGCCCACCUGCCCAGGGGCCCUCCCUGUGGACAUCCCCUCGGCUAUUUGGCCACGCAGUUCUGGCUGCAGCUUCAGGGGCCAUGGCUGGAAGCAGCCCCUGCAGAUGCCCCAGGCCAAGGGCAGGGUUUGAGGGAUGAGACCGGGUAACAGUGGGGGAGGUGUCACCUCCUUUGUUACCUAGCAAGUAGGGCUAUUUCCAUCGGUAUUUUAAGUGUGGGGUCACAGAUCUUCGGGGGAGGGUGUGCUUGGCAGGGGGCCUCCUGGAGCCAAACGGUUAGAUGUGAGUUGUGAUUGGCUGGCACUCACACCCCCACCCCUCACCCACAACCCAGAUUCAAGUCAGGAAGGCAGGUUGUGUUUCAGGGCCCUUUUCAAGAUGCCCUGGCAGCAGAUUUCUGUAGGGUGAGGGGUAGCGGAGUGUAGGCAGUGACGGGGAGGUCCUGGGGGCUGUCCCACAGCCUGUGCCUUCCAGGCUGGACUCCCUCUUCAAGUCCCAAAACCCUCCUUUGCAGGGCCCAGAGGCUUGUGAGGAAGCCAGGUGGACCCAGCCUUAGAAGAGUGGGCAUGGGGGUCUCUGAGAUCUGGAGGAGGUGGGUUGGCCUCAGUCAUCUUUGGAGCAGAAGGGCUGGGUCCUAGGAGCAGAGACCACAAGGCUGUCUCCGUACCCUCCUCCCUGGGGUGCUGCUGUCUUGGGAACUACAGCUCUGGUGAGACGGCCUGGGCAGGCCGAGGCUGAGAAACAGGGAGGAGGAGGAGAAAGGGCUUGGGCCUCCAGCCCCAGAAGAUGCUGGCCCCUGGGCGGGAGACUCAGCAGGGAGUGCAGCUGCUGUGUAGGGCUGGAGCCUGUGGGGGUGGGGGGCGGCCCCCGUCGGCCUGGUUCCUCAGGUUCCCAGGGGUUGGCUUCUGAUUUGGGGCCUGAGCCCCUGGCACUGGCCUCUCUUCUCUGUGUCCUUAGCAUCUGAGAGAAGAGGCCAGGGGCCUUGCUCAUGGAGCCCCGGACCCAAGGCAGAUGUCCGGGCUUUAUCCUUGUGAGCUUGAAGAGUCUGAGCAGCCCAAAAUCUGCCCUGGGUGGCCUGACGGAGGCAAUGCAGUCCGAGAGAGAGUUCAGUGAGGACACGCUGGGGCUCUGCGAGGUGCAAUGUGGGUGCAGGGCCCUCGCGUGUCCCUGCCCCGACCUGCGAUAGGGUGUCCUGAGGGGCUUUGGCAUUUGCUGGAAGCACAGCGAGUUCCAAAUCAGAGGGAGCUUGUGUGGCUUGAGAGCCUCUGGGGCCCUGGCUGCCAGAGCACGAGGUGGCCCGGGACCUGGAGAGCCCAGGCCCUGUCUCCGGGGGGCCGGAUGGGGGCCUCGCCUGAAAAGCUGGUCCCCUUGAUCUCUGGAGGUAUGUGGGUGGCAGCCAGGGCUAGGUAGGGCUUAGACUGUGUGGGCCAGACCCCCUUGGGGUUGGCAAAGCUUCCUGUCAGGCCUCACGGGGCAGGAGUGGCUGCCUCCCGGGCUCCCUGGAUUUCUUCUAAUAACUGCGGCCCUGGACUUGCCUCCUCAGGCCUCCUGCCUGUAAAUAGAGGCCCACAAACUGUACAGAUUUACAGAGGCAUCAAGACUGGCCCCGGGAGUCGCCAUCUGAGGGCCGGUGGCCCCAGCAUCCCCCGGGUGCCUGCCUGGCACCGCAGUGCCCCUGGCCUCAGCGUGGCGAAUGCAUGUAAAUAUUUGUCGUAGGCGGCGUGGCUCCAGAGAGCCCCCUGAAGACAGUGUCCCUCCCUCCGGUGAGUCCUCUCCUGUACAGAACCGGCCUGGGGGGUGUGCGGGUCUGCGUCCCCUCCCCCAGGCCUUCCCUGUCCCUUCUCUCCCCUGUAACCUGUUUAUUAACCAUACCCGUCCUGAGUUCAUGGCCAAAACCUUAAAUAAGGAAAAGCAAAGGAAAAAAAAAGACAGCGGGAAAAAGAGACCAGGGCACCUGCCCGGCUGCGGGCACUCACCUGAACCAGCCUUGUGAAGGAACUGGCUUUAUUUGUUUUUUUUUUUGUUUUGUUUUGUUUUGUUUUGUUUUUUGUUUGUUCGUUUUUUAACACUUCCCGUGCUGUGCCCAUUUAUAAGAGGAAAUAAAAUUAAGCUGAAAU